GCGGUCAAAGACGCCGAUAUGUUUGUGUGGUUCCGAAUCGGGCCAUACAUUGACGCCGAGUGGGAAUUGGGAGGAUUCCCCGCGUGGCUCAUACGCAACCCACACAUGCGGCUCAAGACUAACUACGGGCCAUAUCUGACGGCAGUGGAGGCCUAUUUCAAGCGUGUGUUGGCUCUCAUCGAUGAGUUCCAGUUCCAAAAGGGCGGACCCAUUAUAGCCCUGCAGUUUGAGAACGAGUUCGGGGGUAUUCGUAGCGCAGGUGACCGACAAUACUUUGAACUCAUGAGGAAUACUAUAAUAAACAGUGGUUUCAAAGAGUUGCUCACAAACUGCGACUCUCAGGAGACGCCCCUAACGGCACUUAAAACCAUACAAAAGGAUGUUUUGGAAACAAUCAAUUUUAACAGCAGAUCGUUGAAACUAUUGACCGAGCUCCGUCAGGCGCAACCCAAUAAGCCUCUGUACGUGUCCGAGUUUUGGCCAGGGUGGUUUGAUGAAUGGGGCGGCAAACACGCCUAUUAUAGCGUAAAGACAUUUGAACAACAGGUGACUGACGUUGUAUUCCACGCCAACUCAUCCAUCAAUUUCUAUAUGUUUUUCGGCGGCACUAACUUUGGGUUCAUGAAUGGCGGCCCAAAUCUGGUCACCAGUUAUGACUAUAACGCACCCAUUUCUGAAUCAGGCAAUUAUACGGACAAGUAUUGGAAGACAAAGGAAUUGAUAGAAAAGUUUAACAAAGAGAGGAGUCAACCAAAACUACUGAUCUCUAAACCUCCGGAACUAAUUAAACCCAAGGCUUACGGAAAGGUUAAAGUCGUUGACUAUCUGUCUCUGGAGGACGUGUUGAGCAAAAUCAAGCCAAUCGUCACCGAAAAGCCAACGCAUAUGGAGUUAUUGAAUUUGGGA